ACCGCCCUGAUUCAAGUCGCGUGCGAGUUAAUGAUACGAUUUUUUUUAAUUAAUAACAAACACGUUUUAUACAUGUUAGCCUUAUGUAAUCUGGUUGACUUCUGGUUUAUUUUAGGAAAAAAAAAUUAGGUUUUUUGACUAGUUAUUGCCAGAAUCAGACACAACAUGGACGGUCCCGUUGGACCAUCUCCAUGUAAGCCGAGCAGCGGACGUGAGGAGUCACGUGAUAUUCACACGGCGAGGCUGGGCGCGCGGGAAGCGAACGAUGACAGCUGUCAGUCCAACUGUCAGUGUGACAAGACGCAAGGGGAAGUCAAAAUAAGGAGCAAGAGGUACGGCAGGGGAGCUGUGGAGUCAGGUUUAACACACGAAUGUGGCGUGUUUGGGGCUAUAGGUACUGGCGACUGGCCGACACAGGUGGAUGUCGCACAAGUUAUAUGUUUGGGGCUUGUGGCGUUACAACACAGAGGUCAAGAGUCGGCGGGGAUCGUGACGUCAGAGGGCAAGAGUGCACGGACCUUCAAUUCUCACAAGGGCAUGGGCCUGAUCAAUAAUAUCUUCAACGAUGAAGCCAUGAAGAAGUUGAAGGGAAACCUUGGCAUAGGGCACACCAGGUAUUCGACGUCAGCCGCGUCAGAGGAGGUGAACUGCCAGCCGUUUGUGGUGCACACGGCGCACGGCGCGCUGGCUGUCGCGCACAAUGGCGAGCUUGUCAAUUGCAGCAGCCUCAGGAAAAUGGUGCUCGGUAGAGGUGUAGGUUUGUCCACACAUUCAGACUCGGAGCUGAUCACACAGGCAUUGUGUCUGAACCCACCCGAGGGAGAGACCAAUGGACCCGACUGGCCUGCCAGAAUCAACAAUCUUAUGAGGUUGGCACCUCUAAGUUACUCGUUGGUUAUAAUGUUGAAGGACAAAAUCUAUGCAGUACGAGACCCUUACGGCAACAGGCCGCUGUGUCUUGGAAAAAUAUUACCUUUGGGCUCAUCUUAUGUCUACAAACAGUCGUCGGCGCAGCAUGCAGCUGUUUUAACAAAUGGCAUAGCUAAGAAUGGAGUCGAUGAUAAAGCUGAAGGUUGGGUUGUCUCCUCGGAGUCCUGUGGUUUUCUCUCAAUAGGCGCUCGCUACGUGCGGGAGGUGUUGCCGGGGGAGAUAGUGGAGAUGUCGCGGCGAGGUAUCCGCACUGUGGCGGUGGUGGAGCGCCCGCCUGACAAGCAGCAGGCAUUCUGCAUCUUCGAAUACGUCUACUUCGCGAGAGCUGAUAGUAUAUUUGAAGGUCAAAUGGUGUACUCAGCGCGGCUGCAGUGCGGGCGCAUGUUGGCGCGCGAGUCUCCAGUUGACGCGGACAUCGUGUCCUCUGUGCCCGAGUCCGGUACUGCCGCCGCGCACGGAUACGCCCGACAGUCUGGUAUACCAUUCAUGGAGGUGUUGUGUAAGAACCGGUACGUGGGUCGCACCUUCAUCCAGCCAUCGACUCGUCUGCGACAGUUGGGUGUGGCGAAGAAGUUCGGAGCGUUGUCAGAGAACGUACGCGGGAAACGUAUCGUAUUGAUUGACGACUCCAUCGUCAGAGGAAAUACUAUCGGACCUAUUAUAAAGCUGCUGAGAGACGCCGGCGCUGCUGAGGUUCAUAUAAGGAUAGCGUCGCCUCCACUCAAGUAUCCUUGUUAUAUGGGCAUCAACAUUCCCACUAGAGAGGAACUCAUCGCCAACAAAAUGGACUCCUUCAAGCUGGCUGAACAUGUUGGUGCUGACAGUCUGGAGUACCUCAGUGUGGAAGGACUAGUGAGCGCGGUACACUACAAUAUGAAGACGUGUGCGGAGACUGGUCUGGGUGGUCACUGCACCGCCUGUCUCACUGGGGAAUACCCUGGUGGACUACCUGACGAUGUCGACUGGUGAAAUACACUUGCAUAGACCCUAAAUUACCUUUUCCACUAAGCGACUAGUUACACGAUCGACUACAGUGGAAAUAGUCAUAUAGGUUAGUGGAAAAUGGGUUUAAAAUUUCUUGUAUAUUGUCAUUUUAUAUAUUUUUUAAUAACACUUGCCUAUGCGGAAAGUUGGUUUAGUUGGGAAAGUUUUUG